CUGGUUUUACCUGCUCUUGCACAGAUUGCCCCAGCAAAUGGACAAGCUGCAGCCAUCCAGGCUCUCCCUACAGACUGGCUUAUAUAUGAUGAAAUGACGAGAGCUCACAAGACAGCAAACAUCAGGUGCUGCUCUGUUGUGACACCUGUCACGGUGGCCCUCUUCUGUGGACCAGCCAGACUGCCAAGUAAUGCCUUGCAGGCAUCUUCAUCCUUUCGAGGGGGAGGGGUAUCUAAUGAUAGCAGCGACAGUGAGAUGGAGGACAAGACAUCUGCUGAUCUGGCACUGCUGAAGCUGGAUGAAUGGCUCCAUCUCAGACUGGACCCUGAAGCUGCUGGUAUGCUGCUGCAACUCAGGCAGAAGUGGCACAGCUUGUUUCUGCGUCGUAUGCGAGCUCCUUCUAAGCUGUGGUCUGAGGUUGAUGAAACAACUGUAAGAGCAAUUACAGCUGUUCUGAGUGCUGAAGAACAGUCGGCAGGUCUACAGCAGCCUUCAGGAAUUGGCCAGAGACCAAGGCCUGUGACUUGUGAAGAACUUCCUUUGGCAUCUACAUGCAUGUCAACCAACAGCAGAAACAGCUCAACAGAAACAGAAUUGUCUGACUUCUCUCAUGCUGAAAAGGUUUCAGUGAAAUCUACUUCUCCUGCACUCCACCAGCCAAAGUACAAAGAAAAAGACAUUUUGCUCUCCAGACAAUCCUCAGAUGACAGAUCAGCUCAAUCCUCAGUGAAGCCUGCAGACAGCAGUAGCUAUUCCAACCCCUGUGCUACUCCUUCUUCUCCAGUGUCGGCAAAGGGGCUAACAGCAGGCCUGUUAGCUAAAGGAGCGAAAAGAAGCUGAGAGCAAGAAGAAGCUGUUAAAGAGCUCUCUCCAAGGCUGCUACCAAGGAGACUGAGAGAAGAGAAGAACUGAAGAAAGAUAAGGAGAGCACUGCAGACGGACAAAGUAUUUUUAGAAAGUUAACUAAAGUCACUGUUACUGUUCACCAGUGGUGUUAUGUUGAUUUUUUGUGGCCAAUAGUUGCGGUAGAAGAAGUAUAAACAAUUAGAAAGUUUAUAAGAGGUCAGCCAUGUUCGAUAAUAAAGAAUUGCCAUCUGA